AAGUUCGGUUAGUCUUCGCGACUUUCGUCGGUGAGUGGCGCGUGGUGCGAGAGACGGUGGUGGCGAGUCACGGUUCUGCAGGAAGCAGUAACUAAAAGACUUUCCCUGGUUGACAGCGGUCAGCCGGAUCGGUCGCGGAUGAUUCGGGAGAGAUAGUGGUGGCGUGCGCGAGCACCCACCGCCGCCAGCAGGGUUUUAAAGCGCAGCGGGAGGUCGAGGAGGGUUGACCGACGGUGGUGAUUUGCGGUUCGGUGGUCCCGGUAAGAGAGCAAGAGGGCGAGAGAAGAGUGAGUGAGAAAGAGAGGAAGACAAGAAGAGGAAGAAAGAGAGUGUGUUGCACACACCGACGUGUGUGUGCGAACCUUGCCUCGACUCGCGAGAGAUUCGGCGAGGCGGUCUGUCUUCAGCAACGGGCGAAGUGCGAUCUUCGCGGAUGGUGAUCGCGGUGGUUACGCGGUAGCGCGACACUCUCGUCCGGGACGCGCGCUUCGGAGAGCUGCGGAGGCGUUUACAUGGCGCGAGGCGGUGAGCUCGCCGUGCGUGCGCUCCUAAACGAAGAGGGACGAGCACCGUGAGAGAGGACAACCUGGUUUUGAAGGACGGGACGUGUGCAUGUCGCCCUGUUGAGCGGGACGGCCAGUGCAUCGGCCGUGUAAAAAGAGGGAAAGAGCGAGCGCGCUUUAUUACACACAUGCCCGAGUGCGUCACCGCCCAUAUGUAAUGUGUCCCGUGCGUGCGAACGAAUGAGUAAUCAUGUACUGUCAGGAAAAGAGCUCGGUCUCCGCCUCGAAAAGCAAAGAGGGACCUGUGGCAAUGAGGGAGAAGAAAGGUGGUGCUCUCAGUAGGGUACAAAAAUUAAAAAAACGCCUUAGUCACAGUUUUGGAAGGCUUUCUAUAUCAAAAGAAGAGGCUGAUGAUGCAGCAACUAGAGGCCAAUUGCCGUACAAUGGCUAUUCUGAGGAGUUCCUAGACCGCUUGGAGCCGAAUGGCAAUAUACCUGCGGACAAAGAUCGCCGUUAUGCACGUUUCAUGGUCGAAAAUUGGACUGUCACAGAAUGGGCAGCUGUAGGCGAUCACGAGAGAGUGCAUCGGCAGCUUUCGGUAUCUAGCGAUUCCAAACUUCUUGACGAAGACAUACGGGAAGAAGCUAGGGUAAUACUGCGGCCCAAGCGUCCACCACGGCCAAAGUCUGAGGUUUUUCUCGGUCCGGAUCCGCAACCUAGAAGAACCAAAAGAUUUUCCGCUUUUGGGGGAGACUCGCCGUUUGGGAAAUCUGAAGCUUAUAUAAAAUUGGAGCAAUUGGGAGAGGGAUCAUAUGCCACAGUGUUCAAAGGCUACAGCCAUCUCACCAACCAGGUGGUGGCUCUUAAAGAAAUUAGACUGCAAGAGGAGGAAGGGGCUCCGUUUACUGCCAUUCGUGAGGCAAGCCUCCUCAAAGAAUUGAAACAUAGCAAUAUCGUGACCCUGCACGAUAUUAUUCAUACCCGCGAGACCCUCACCUUCGUAUUCGAGUAUGUUCACACCGAUCUGUCGCAAUACAUGGAGAGGUACGGGAGCGGCAGGGGACUGGAUCCGCGUAACGUUAAACUGUUUCUUUUUCAAUUAUUGAGAGGACUGGCGUAUUGUCAUCGCAGGAGGGUUCUGCACAGAGACGUAAAGCCGCAGAAUUUGCUAAUCAGCGAGAUAGGAGAGCUGAAAUUGGCGGACUUUGGACUGGCAAGAGCCAAAUCCGUGCCAUCGCAUACAUACUCGCACGAAGUCGUGACUCUGUGGUACAGGCCGCCCGACGUUCUUUUAGGCUCCACCGAAUAUUCAACCUCGCUCGACAUGUGGGGAGUGGGUUGCAUAUUUGUCGAAAUGUUGACCGGCGAACCGACAUUCCCGGGUGUACGUUGCACGUACGACCAGCUCGAUAAGAUCUUCAAAGUUCUGGGCACACCAACCGAGGAGACUUGGCCCGGCGUCACGCAUCUACCUGGAUACAAGGCACACAAGUUGGUGUUCUAUCCGCCGCGAAAACUUGGAUUAUCAUUCCCGCGGCUCUACGACAUCGCCGAGGGUGAUAGUAUGGCGUCGUCGCUACUGCAACUGAAUCCCGAUCAACGGAUAGGCGCGGAGGAAGCGUUGCAUCAUCCUUAUUUCAAAUCUCUUCCUCCGAAGUUAUAUGAAUUACCUGAUGAAGUGUCGAUAUUCAGCGUAGAAGGUUGUCACUUGUACACAAACUCAAGGGCGUGACGUGAAUCAGUGCACUCGACUCUUAAGACUUGAGGUUUAAAACAAAUAUUAAUGGAGUAAAUUAUAAGCAAACUCUCUCACGCAUUGAGUGAAUUGUUCAUUCUCAUAAAGUUCAUAUGUUUACACAUAUACACAUACACACACACAUAGACAAACACCAACGUACGUACAUGAGCAAACACACAAGCAGACACGGACACAUGCGCAACACAGGCAGACAUGCACUACUUCCAAGUGCGUUGUUCGCUCUCUCUCAGGGCUGCUCCAUAAUUUUUUCCCUCGCUGUUCGUUCUACAUACGGUAACAAGUUUCUUCUUCUUUUCAUUUUUUUCUUUUUCAAGAGGAUAUAUAUAUAUAUAUAUAUAUACAUAUACAUAUAUAUAUAUACACACACACACACACACGAUGAGUAUAAAAUCGUUAACAGAGAUAAGUGUCGUAACUGGUCAAGGAAAAACAAGAAAGUAAAAGCUUUCGCGGCUAAAAAAAAAGUUUAAAAAAAGAAGACUAUAUAAGAAUUUGCAACACGCUCGACUUUAGGAAAGCAAAAGCACGCACGACCCAUCCUUGCACUUCGUCCAAAUAUUAGAUUUAGAUUGACACCAAUCAAAAAAAAAAAAAAAAAUACAAAAAAAUACCAAAAAAAAAAAAAAAAAAAAAAAAAAGAAAUACAAAAAAAAAGAGAAAAGUACCGCCGCUCUGCAAUUUCCCUGAUCCUGAAGCCCAAAGCCGCGUAGGGCGGGCGGUUGCUGAUUAGCAAAACUAUUACGAAGUAUGACUAUUACUUAGAAAAAUUGUGGAAGACCUGUAGCACUCUCUUUCUCUAUAUAUAUACAUAAAGGAAAAAAAAAACACUUUACCGUUGUCUCAGACACGAUGUUGGCCGCUACGACAAUUGUGAGAAAAAAAAAUAUUGAUUGGAUAAAACAAAGAGGAAAGUGUCGUUCCGCGUUUGAGUUAAAUUAAUUGUUAAACACAUUUAUUGAUAGCGCGGAUAGAUAGGAGAUUAGGGAGAUUAAGAGACGCUCGCGUGUCAGUAUUAGGCCAAGUGCCGUAGCUGCCAACAUCGCGAGAUGCAGCGGAGAGAAAACUGAACGCUCAUCGUUAAUAAUAUCGAUGGUAGUGAUUUAGAUGUAAGUAACUUGUAGCGUUAGAAACGUAUUUAAUAUCAAUCGAAGUUUAUUGACAAUGUCGCAAGAUAGAGUUAAAAAAAAAAAAAAAAAAAAGAUAAUUAGCGAAUCGGCGAAGUAAAGUAAAUAACCGACGGGGAACUAUAGAACUCUUUUUUAGACUUGUCGAAAUUUCAAUUCGCUAAUAUAAAAAACUACAACGUUAGUCAAAUGGUGCUCGAAUUUAAUAAAAACUGUGACGUGUUUGAACGCGAACUUCGAACUCGUGGCGUUAAAUACUUAACGAGUGUAAUCGUUACAUUUUUUCUAAAAAGAAAAAAAAACGUAAAAUAAUAAUAAAAGUAAAAUAACAUACCGCGUAAACAAAAUAGCGUUGGCAAUAGUAGAAAUAGACGAAGAAAAAAAAAAAAAAAGGUACACAGUACGGCGUUACAGUUCUUCCAAAUUUUGUCUAAGCUCUACAAUUGACGAUUAUUACGGUGAAAAAAAAAAAAA